AUGGAUGACGCAGACGCCGCAUUGAGGAAAGCUAGUAUUCCUAUGCAAGUGGUUUGUGCCAUUGCCGUGGUAUUGAAUCUUCUGGUUGUGCUGGUGUUCGCUAGAACCAAGCAACUCCGUGUUAAGUAUUACGGAUUCCUCUUCAACCUCGUUCUCGCUGAUAUUGCCUUCCCGACUACAAUGAUUAUUUUCGUACAUCUCAAGCGUGUACCCAUAGUUAUUGCCCUUACCCGGGCAUUCCUCCUAACUGCGCAGCUCAACAUCUUAGCCGUAGCUGUAAAUCGUCUGCUUGCCUUGUCUCUGAUGCCACCCGCCCGCUAUGAUGCUGUAGUAACACCUGCUCGCAUGGUGCUUGCAUGUCUAUUGAUUUGGAUCGUAUCUGCUGCGUUGUUCGUACCUACAACGUUUCUCCAGGAUCGAAAACUGAACUGGUUGAUCCAAGCGCUGCUUCCUCUUAUAACCCUUCUCACUACUGGUGUUCUGUACUUUGUGGUUUUCCGUAAGAUCUCCAAAUAUCGAGCGCCGCUAGCAUACACGGAGGGAAUCUACAAUGUCGACGAACAGACUAAUAGCCGUAUACGCCAAACACGCCAUUUGAUGGUGACCUUCACCAUCAUAUUUGUGGCAUCUGCUGUCUGUUGGCUGCCAUUUUGUGUAGUGUUUUUCAUACUGUUUGCUCACGGCAAAACCAGCUUUUCUGUCAUGGUAGGUCUGCGCUACUGCUUCACCAUAAUGGUGCUUAAUUCUGCGCUCAAUCCCUUUGUCUACUGGUGGCGUUUGAAAGAGGGAAGAGAAGCUUUGUACCACCUGUUCUGCGGAUGUCGUAACAACCAGGGAAAAGAAAGAGAAAGAGAUUCUGUAACAAUUGCGGAGACGGAAAUGUAA